AGGAAGCCUUUUCUGAUCCAUCACACAAAGUAAGGUCUCUUGCCUUGGAAAUGCCCUCCACCAGACCCUGUUUUUAACACUCAGCACUUUCCUUUGUGAUUUGCUCUUAUAUUCACUUUUUCUGUCUGUCAGGCAUACAGCAGACAUUCUCUGAGUGCCAGCUAUAUGUCAGGUCAGUACUGGGCGCAGCGAUGAGCACCAGCUACCCUGAGCCGGGCACCCGGGCACCCCUGAGCCCCCGCCCGCAAUCCCUGUCCCGGAGCUCUUCCAGCUUGCUGGGUGAAGGCGGGAGACAGAGGCCAGAGCUCCGCAAGAGUGCCAGCAGCACUGUAUGGCAGGCCCAGCUGUGUGAGGCCAGCGUGGAUCCCCAUGUCCUAGAGGAAGAGGAGCAUUAUGCUGAGAGCACGGAGCAGGCAGGGGCCUCUAGCCCUCGGCUACAACCCAGUGCUGUGGGCCACUGGCGGAGCAGCACUGUGGGAAACGUGUCUACCGUGGGUGGUGGUGACCUGUGUCGCCUGCGGGCCCCCAGCGCUGCUGCCGUGCAGAGGAGUCACUCGGACUUGGUUCGUAGCACCCAGACCCGGGGCAACAGUGGUGCUCGGAAGGCCAGCCUCAGCUGCUCAGCCCUUGGCAGCUCACCAGUCCACAGGGCUCGGCUGCAGCUCAGCAAUACUUCUAGCCAGGAAUGUCAGGCCCCUGAAGGCCUGAAAAGGGACCUGGCUCUGGAGGAUGAGACUUCAAACUCAGACUGGACACUUAGAGAGAGUCAAGUGUGGGUGCCACCACUAGACCUGGGAGGCACAACCACCCAUAGCAGCAGUCCCAAAGCUGGGCGCAAAGCCACUGGGCAGUCAGCUGCCACCUCCUGCCAUGUUCUGUCCCCAGAAGAUCUACUCUGUAGCAUUAGGGAGAUGGGGGCAAGCGGCUACUGCCACGCCCUGCCUGCCACAGGGAUCCUGGCCUUUCCCAAGCUGGUGGCAUCAGUGAGUGAGUCUGGGCUGCAGGCUCAGCAUGGGAUGAAGUUCCAGUGUAGGUUGCCUGGGGGACUUCCUGGGCAUUCCCACUGCUGUGCCCACCUUUGGGGUCCUACCGAAUUAGCUAUGGAGACUGGAGCCAGGACCAAGGAUGUGUGGACCAUGACCUCAGCCAGUGACUUGGCCCCUAUGUUGGCAUCCCCUCUGUCAGCCCAGGAUGCUGGUGUGCAGGUGGCCCCCAUGGCAGUGUGCAAGGCUGUGGCUACAAGCCCACCCCUUGAAGCCCCCGUGGCCUUGCAUACAUUCCCAGAGGUAACUCUGGGGUCCAGCCUGGAGGAAGUUCCAUCCCCUGUGCAGGAUGUACGAUGGGAUGCUGAGGGCAUGACAUGGGAGGUGUAUGGAGCUGCAUUGGACCCUGAGGUGCUUGGCGUGGCCAUCCAGAAGCACUUGGAGAUGCAGUUUGAGCAGCUGCAGCUAGCGCCUACCAGUGAGGACAGCCUGUCUGCUGAGGGCCGGAGGGGGCCACUUCGAGCCGUCAUGCAGUCCCUGCGGCGCCCCAGCUGCUGUGGCUGUUCCAGCGCAGCCCCUGAGUGA